GAACCCCAUUCCAGCUGCUGGCUACUGUGCCUUUAAAUUGCUGCUUUCGGAGGGUGCAUAUGGGGGGAGGUAGGAGGGAGGGGAAAUCUUCCUCCCAAUCUCCCUCCUCCCUCCCCUCCAAGAUUCUCCAGGGUUCUGAGAGUGAUCGCUGUCCAAAGAGGAUCCCUCCCAGCUUCCCAAGCAGCCAGGGCCCUCCCUCCACAGCCUGGGAGUCCGAGGCAUCGAAGCAGAGUCAUCUGUGACUGUGAUUAUCUAAAUGAGGACAACUGUAGCCCCCAAUCAGUGAGGACGGGGAGGAGAAAGGAAAGAAGAAAGACCAGAGAAGAGGAGGAGAAGAGGACCGACCAACUCCCUGGGCUGGGGAAUCAGGCUAUGCCUAGGCUGCCCAAGUUGGAGGAAGGCUUCUGACUUUUGACAUUCCCAGUGGGGUUUUCCUCUCUUGCCUCCCAAGCCAGGGAAGAAGGGAAGGGCAUCAGUUGUUCUAAGGAAUGAAAACUCUCACUCCUGGAACCCUCUCCUUCCUCCUCCUCUGGACCCUACAAGAGCAGGUCCUACUCAGGUUGGCUUUGGGGAAAGAGGAAGUCAAAUUUGCCUCCAAGAGCAUUCCUCAACCCAUGUCACCCUCUGAUUUCCUGGACAAACUCAUGGGACGAACUUCUGGGUAUGAUGCUAGGAUUCGGCCCAAUUUUAAAGGGCCCCCUGUGAAUGUGACUUGCAACAUCUUCAUUAACAGCUUCAGCUCUGUCACAGAAACCACAAUGGAUUACAGAGUGAAUGUGUUCCUUCGGCAGCAGUGGAACGACCCACGCCUGGCAUAUCUAGAAUACCCAGAUGACUCCCUGGACUUAGACCCUUCCAUGCUAGACUCUAUCUGGAAGCCAGACCUAUUCUUUGCCAAUGAGAAGGGGGCCAAUUUCCACGAGGUGACCACUGACAACAAGCUGCUUCGGAUCUUCAAGAAUGGGAGUGUGCUCUACAGCAUCAGGCUGACUCUUGUCUUGUCUUGUCCAAUGGACCUCAAGAACUUCCCCAUGGACAUCCAGACGUGCACAAUGCAGCUAGAAAGCUUUGGUUAUACUAUGAACGACCUUGUGUUUGAGUGGCUGGAAGAUGCCCCCGCUGUGCAAGUGGCUGAAGGGUUGACCCUGCCCCAGUUUAUCCUGAGGGAUGAAAAGGAUCUUGGCUAUUGCACCAAAUAUUACAACACAGGAAAGUUUACCUGUAUAGAGGUGAAGUUUCACUUGGAGCGCCAGAUGGGUUACUACCUGAUCCAAAUGUAUAUUCCCAGCCUGCUCAUUGUCAUUCUAUCCUGGGUGUCCUUCUGGAUCAACAUGGAUGCUGCCCCUGCCCGGGUAGGCUUGGGCAUCACGACAGUAUUGACGAUGACGACCCAGAGCUCGGGCUCCAGAGCUUCUUUACCUAAGGUGUCCUACGUGAAGGCCAUUGAUAUCUGGAUGGCUGUCUGUCUGCUCUUUGUGUUUGCUGCGCUGCUGGAGUAUGCUGCUGUUAACUUUGUCUCCCGCCAACAUAAGGAGUUCAUGCGCCUCCGAAGAAGGCAGAGGCGCCAGCGCAUGGAGGAAGAGGUCAUCCGAGAGAGUCGAUUCUAUUUCCGGGGCUAUGGCCUGGGCCACUGCCUACAGGUUCGGGAUGGAGGACCCAUGGAAGGCCCAGGUAUUUAUAGCAGCCCACCUCCAGUUCCUCUCCUGAGAGAGGGGGAGACUGUGCGGAAGCGCUAUGUGGACAGGGCCAAACGCAUUGAUACCAUUUCCCGGGCAAUCUUCCCUUUCACCUUCCUCAUCUUCAACAUCUUUUACUGGGUUGUCUACAAAGUUCUGCGAUCAGAGGACAUCCACCAAGCACCCUGAUGAGGCCUUCCCAGAGUGGGGCAGGGCUGUCACUGUCUUUUGGCCUGCAUCAGAACUUGGACAGCUCCCUGACAUCCCAUCCAGAGCACCCAACUACCAGUCUACCAGCCCCAUGGGUCUAUGCUGCUGUUUGCUGCUGCAUGGUGACAAAAGUGGCUGUAUUCCUAGAGAAGGCUUCUCUAUUCAAAUCCAAACCAGCUCCAAGUUCACUCAGCUACUCCUCGAGUUAGGGUCUGCCAUUUUCCCGGGGCUAGCUGAUCUGGUCUUCUUUCUCUUCCAAUGGCUCCUCUUUCAUUAAGGGGCUACCCAGAUCCCUAAUGCUAAAAACUAUAAGCUCUGCCAUCUCACCCUAGUCCACCUUCAUCCCAGCAUGACCCUCCAGGGAUGCUGUGCUCUCUUCCCUUCCCAUCUGAACAUGGUGCAUCCUACCCAUUUCAAAGCAUGGAAAUGAAGAGUGUGUCCAUCCAUACUUGUUGACCUUCAUGGCCAGCCAUAUCUAUAUAUCCAUAGGACCAGAGAGCUUCAGUUUGGGGCUAGAGAAGAAGGAAGGGAAGCUGAAAGCCUUUCUAUCACCCAUCUGCCACAGAGAAUGACUAAAGAGUCCUGUCCUGAACUAAGAGAAUCAGCUGAGAAGUCUUCACAGCCAUUAAAGAACCCAACUCUGGGCAUGGAUGGGGCAGUGCUUUAGACUUCUGGAAAAAUCUGCUCUUGACAAUGCAGAAAGACCUCAUCAAUUAAUACUACUGGAGUCUCCUAAACCAGAGAACACUCAUUCUCCUGUUCCUGCAGGCCUUCUUCCCUUAAGAAUCUAGCAUAGCAACAGUAGCGUUGGGAUGCUUAGAAAGGGACAAUAUUUUUUUUAAACCCUUACCUUCUGUCUUGGAGUCAAUACUGUGUAUUGGCUCCAAGGCAGAAGAGUGGUAAGGGCUAGGCAGUGGGGAUCAAGUGACCUGCCCAGGGUCACACAGCUAGGAGGGACAAUAUUUUUUAAAGGAAAGGCUUGAUCUUACCCACUGGCACUUGUAACCUUGCAUAAGAAACCAGUCCUGAGCCAAUGUGUGCCUGGAAUUCUAGGAGUUGUGGAAAACAGAGACUGUCCUUGGAUGGUUUUGUGUUAGCUUUUUCAUUCCAAACCCCGACUCUUUGAUAUCUAAAAGUCUCCGCUCUUGUGCCUACAUCACCAAAAGAUGCACCUGGCCUCUUGGCUGCUGACUUCAUCCCCUGCUGUUGGUUAUGAGUGAAGACCUUGAGAUCAUGCACCCCUUUUGGCAAAUAAUCCACAGCAACACUCCAACCUUGUCCUGGACAGAGGGAGAUCCAAGUUUCCUGAGCAGGGAUGGGGUGUAAUGGUUGCUGCACUGUGCCAACAAGAUCAUGUCAACCUGCAGGGGUGGGUGUCAUUGGUGGGAACAUUUUGGGGUCCCCUAAUCUAGUGACUGUGCUUCCUAUUCUCCACCCCCCAUACCCCCCCACACACAGCAUGGUGGCUGAAAACAGAGCUGGGCGUGAGGUAUGUAGUAUAUACUUCAAGGCUAUAUUUCUGCUGCCUCCCUAUUAGUCCACAUGGAAGCACGGGCCCAACACGAUGGAGUCUAUAACAUGUACAAAACUGUGAGCUACAAAGACUGAAUGUGAUGAAGAGCGCUGGAGGAGGGGGUCUCAAUAAAUCUUCUUUGUUGUUUUUUGGGCAUAACCAACUGGGUUUUUGGGAAUGGCACACAUAUAUACCCUCUCUUUUGCUACCAUGUUCAAAUUCCAAAGUCAAUAAAGUCUCAAGUCAAA